UUUCACUUCCUCACUAGGCAGAGACUCCGCCCCAGCAGGCUCCUAUCUUACUGAGGAGCAGCUUGCUCAGCCAGAGAGCCUUUCUCUCUUCGCGUGCAUCGCACCUGGCCUGGAGUCAGCUAUCAGAAGCAAAGGAACGAAUGGGCAGAGCAGACCUUCUAGGAGAGAACAUGAGUACCCAGGAUCCCUCAGGGCUGUGGGGCAGAUUGGAUGGAAGUACAGACCUGCUCCAGGACUUGGGGUGGUAUCACGGCAACCUCACACGCCACGCUGCCGAGGCUCUUCUGCUCUCCAAUGGACGUGAUGGUAGCUACCUGCUGAGGGACAGCAAUGAGCAGACCGGCCUCUACUCUCUCUCCGUGAGAGCCAAAGAUUCUGUCAAGCACUUUCACGUCGAAUACACUGGGUACUCAUUUAAAUUUGGCUUUAAUGAAUAUUCAUCUUUAAAUGAUUUUGUGAAGCAUUUUGCAAAUCAGCCUUUGAUCGGAAGUGAGACGGGGACUCUGAUUGUUUUGAAACAUCCCUAUCCAAGAGAAGUGGAAGAGCCUUCCAUUUACGAAUCAGUCCGGGUUCACACAGCAAUGCAGACAGGAAGAACAGAGAAUGACCUCGUGCCCACUGCACCUUCUCUGGGCACCAAAGAAGGCUACCUCACCAAGCAGGGUGGCCUCGUAAAGACCUGGAAAACAAGGUGGUUCACUUUGCAAAGGAACGAACUGAAAUAUUUCAAAGACCAGAUGUCACCAGAACCAAUUCGGAUCCUAGACCUGACAGAGUGCUCAGCUGUUCAAUUUGACUAUUCGCAGGAGAGAGUAAACUGUUUCUGCUUAGUGUUUCCAUUCAGGACGUUUUAUCUCUGUGCAAAGACAGGCGUUGAAGCGGACGAAUGGAUCAAAAUACUGCGGUGGAAGCUGUCAAAAAUAAGAAAACAGCUGGAUCAAGGAGAGGACACUGUCCGGACUCGGUCAUUCAUCUUCAAAUAGAACUUUAGAAGUGCCCCAGCUGUGGGGCAAGGUGCAGUGUUUCAAGUGCUCCGACCUAUGUCAGGCUUCAGAGCGAAAGUUCACUGAGGAAUUUCCUCUAAAAACAAACCAAAAGUAGAUCAAGGUU